GCCGACUUCUCCUCACUGCCCUUUGCCGCUGUCGAUCUCGCUGCAUCGAAGCCCUAGCAAUGGCUCUGAUCGUGGAGAAGACUUCCACUGGGAGGGAGUACAAGGUCAAGGACCUCUCUCAGGCCGACUUCGGUCGCCUCGAGAUUGAGCUCGCCGAGAUCGAGAUGCCCGGCCUCAUGGCCUGCCGCACGGAGUACGGCCCCUCCAAGCCCUUCGCCGGCGCUCGCAUCUCCGGAUCCCUCCACAUGACCAUUCAGACUGCCGUCCUCAUCGAGACCCUCACCGCCCUUGGCGCCGAGGUUCGCUGGUGCUCUUGUAACAUCUUCUCCACCCAGGACCACGCUGCCGCUGCCAUCGCUCGCGAUUCCGCGGCUGUCUUCGCUUGGAAAGGCGAGACGCUCGCCGAGUACUGGUGGUGCACUGAGCGUGCCCUUGACUGGGGAGCCGGAGGCGGCCCGGAUCUCAUCGUUGACGAUGGCGGUGAUGCGACGCUCCUCAUCCAUGAAGGGGUCAAGGCCGAGGAAGAGUACGAGAAGAGCGGCAAGUUGCCGGAUCCUGCCUCCACCGACAACGCUGAGUUCCAGAUCGUGCUGAGUAUUAUCCGCGACGGGCUCAAGGUCGAUCCCAAGAAGUAUCACAAGAUGAAGGAGCGGCUAGUCGGUGUAUCGGAGGAAACGACCACUGGUGUUAAGCGGCUGUACCAGAUGCAGGCCAGCGGCGCCUUGCUCUUCCCUGCGAUCAACGUGAAUGACUCUGUCACAAAGAGCAAGUUCGACAAUCUGUAUGGGUGCCGCCAUUCUCUCCCUGAUGGGCUCAUGAGGGCUACCGACGUUAUGAUCGCCGGCAAGGUUGCUGUGGUCUGUGGCUACGGAGAUGUCGGCAAGGGUUGCGCCUCUGCUUUGAAGCAGGCAGGUGCCCGGGUCAUCGUUACCGAGAUCGACCCCAUCUGUGCUCUCCAGGCUCUGAUGGAGGGCAUCCCUGUUCUCACCUUGGAGGAUGUUGUUUCGGAGGCUGAUAUCUUCGUCACCACCACCGGAAAUAAAGACAUCAUCAUGGUGGAUCACAUGAAGAAGAUGAAGAACAAUGCCAUUGUAUGCAACAUUGGCCACUUCGACAAUGAGAUCGACAUGCACGGGCUUGAGACUUACCCAGGCGUCAAGCGCAUCACCAUCAAACCCCAAACAGACCGCUGGGUGUUCCCUGAGACAAAUUCCGGCAUCAUCGUUCUCGCGGAGGGGCGUCUUAUGAACCUUGGUUGUGCCACUGGCCAUCCCAGCUUCGUCAUGUCCUGCUCGUUCACCAAUCAGGUGAUUGCGCAGCUUGAGUUGUGGAAGGAAAGGAGCAGCGGAAAGUAUGAGAAGAAAGUGUACGUGCUACCUAAGCAUCUUGAUGAGAAGGUGGCGGCUCUGCACCUGGGUAAGCUAGGAGCCAAGCUUACCAAGCUCACACCAGCUCAGGCCGCGUACAUCAGCAUCCCCGUUGAAGGCCCUUACAAACCUGCUCACUACAGGUACUAAUAUGCCCUACCGACAUGAGACAGUCGUGGCCGGAGAUGUUACUGAUGUCUGAAUUUCUCCUGCUUGAUUUACCUUUUAGCUUUUUAUUUCGCUAUUUCCCAUUUUGAAUUGGUUGAGAAAUGAUCUGGGCAAGCUUCGUAUCGGAGUGGUUGAGAAGUGAUGGUCCUUUUGUUGUGUGUCCGUGCUGCCCGUCCUGAGACUUUUCGGAAUAAUGCGAUUUCCAAUAUUUUGUCUCUUGUUCCUUAA